AUGUGAUUUCCCAUAAAUGAAUAUAUACCUCACCACGCUUCCACAAACUUCCUCUCAUUCUCACUCCAUCUGUACCCACCACCAACCCUAACAAUGGCGGAACAACAAGAACAACUGAUUCUUCUGGAUUUCUGGGCCAGCAUGUUCGGCAUGAGGGUCAGAAUAGCUUUAGCCGAAAAGGGUAUUCCGUACGAGUACAGAGAAGAAGAUUUGAGGAACAAAAGCCAGCUGCUUUUAGACAUGAACCCGGUUCACAAGAAAAUCCCGGUUCUCAUCCACAACGGCAAACCCAUCUGUGAGUCUAGCAUCAUUGUUCAAUACAUCGAUGAAGUUUGGAGCCAUAAAGCUCCAUUGUUCCCCUCUGAUCCUCUCCACAAAGCCCGUGCCAGGUUUUGGGCCGAUUUUAUCGACAAAAAGCUAUACCAAACUGGGAGAAAUUUGUACACAGCAAAAGGGGAAGAACAUGAAGCAUCAAGGAAUGAGUUCCUAGAAUGCCUUAAAUUGCUUGAAGGUGAGCUUGGGGACAAGCCUUACUUUGGAGGUGAAACUUUUGGGUACGUUGAUGUAUCUUUGAUCCCAUUUUAUUCAUGGUUUCAAGCCUAUGAAACCUUUGGGAACUUCAACUUCGAGCACGAGUAUCCAAAGUUGUUCGCGUGGGUCAAACGGUGCAUACAGAACAAAGAGAGCGUGUCCAAGACUCUUCCAGAGUCGCCAAAAGUCUUUGCCUUUGUUCAGCAUUUGAGGAAGAGGUUCGGAAUCGAAGACUAGAAGUUGGGAGCAUUUGGACAGAAAGACACUUGGAUGUGUAUUUCUGUAAAUAAAGGUUGUUGCACUUGCAAAUUACAAUCAUGUUUGUUGUGUUUUCAGUGUGUGUGUUUUUAGACAUUCUAUGGGUUUAAUAUUUGAUGUUUUUGAUUGGAGAUUUUUAGUACUUAUGGGUUUUUCAUAUCA